UUUGCCUCGGUGCAGCCUGUCACAGCAGGGCGAAGCAGCAGAGCAGCGUCCUCCACAAUGCGGCCGUGAAGUGGCCCGUGUGGGAGGCGGAGGAGGAGAGCCCGAGCCCGGACACGGAGCGGACCACCCACGCCAGGCACGGUCGGAUCCACGAUGUCGAACCGUAAGCACCGGGACAACCAGGAGAUCUGCGCCCGUAAGGUCCGCGAGCUGGGCCAGUCCGGAGUAAACAAACACUGCUUCGAGUGCAACCAGCCCGGGGUGACUUAUACGGACGUGACCGUGGGCAGCUUCGUGUGCACGUCGUGCUCCGGAAUGCUGAGAGGCCUCAACCCUCCUCAUAGAGUUAAGUCAAUCUCCAUGACGACAUUCUCCCAGCAGGAAGUGGAAUUCCUCCAAAACCAUGGCAACGAGGUGGGCAGGAGGACUUGGCUGUGCGUGUUCGAUCCCAAGACAGACGGCUGCUCUGACAUGAAGGACUCACAGAAGUUCAAAGAAUUCCUGCAGGACAAAUACGAAAAGAAGAAAUGGCAUUUUUCCAAAAUGAAAAACCGCAGAGACAUGGAGGGUCCUUGGAGUCCGGGGGUCCAGGCCGUCCUUGCUCAUGGUCCUUUAGUCGGGCAGCCCCCCGCUCAUAGCCUGCCCCCCACUACCAGACCCGCUAGGACGCUGUCCCAGAUGGUGCCGUGGGAUCGAGCCCCGGUCACCUCGCCUGCCGACGUCCGGACUGACGUGUUCACGUCUCGGCCCUCACGCUCCCAAAGCUUCCGAGACGCCUCUCUGAAAGACCACAACAUGUGCGGCAUUGAGAGACAGCGCCCCGGUUCACUGUCGUCAGCCCCGGGGGGUCAAAACCACGGCCCUUCCUUCCCCGCCCUCCCGCGGCCUUCAGCAAGUAGCUCUUUCAAAAACCACUUCACUUUAGGUCGAGCAGUGUCGUCCUCAGGGACCACGGGGCCUUUUAGGGCUUUCCCCAAAUCUCUGAGCUUGGACUUUGGAGGGCUGAAACACCCUCAGGGUCAGAAUCCUCUUCCUCAGCAGAGCACCAACCCCCAGGACAGAUAUGCCGCAGUGUCCCACCUGGACAGCGUUUUCUCUGACACAGCGCCCUCUGUUGACGCUCCUCAGUACAGCAGCCUGUUUGUCAGCAGGCUGUCUUCCAGCUCCACACCUGCCAGCUCCCCAGGAGUGGAAACAGCAUCCGGUUCACAAACAUUUGCAAAUUUUCCCAACCCAUUCAGCUCCAGCGCCCCCUCCCAGCAGCCUACUGCACUGUCCCCCAGUAACCCCUUCAGCAGCCCCCCAGGAGGUGACUCCAGUUCGAUUUUCCCACCGCCUUCCUCGUUUCAAGAGGUUGCCACCAACCAGGAAGCUAAUGGUUUUGCCGCCUUCCCCGCAUCUGACACACAGCCCAAAGUCCCUCGGCCCAUGUCGGUCAACCCGUUUACAGGGAACGUUUACCCCAGUCGGGCAACGUCACGAAACCCUUUCAUCUGACCUCUCCAUCUCUGGAAAAGUCGUCGCCGGUUUAAUGCCUCUCAAGUGUUUUCACGGAGGGUUUGCGAGACAUGCAUACCCCCUUUUCCUCUUAGGUUCCUCCUAUUUGUCUGUGUUUACUUCUAUGUGUGUGUAUGUGUGUGUGUGUGUGUGUGUGUGUGUGUGUUAAGAGGGGGAUAAAAUGCAUGAAUGUAAUCCUGACGUCUCUAUGGGAGGUAACUAGUAGACACCAUCUCAGGCCUCAGUGGGAGUGAACAAAUUUUUAUUUUUUUUAACAUGUUACAUGCAAACUGCUGCUGCUACUUUGCUUUCUCUCCCCCCUGCUUAAAAUAUAAAUAAAAUAAAAUAAUGAUAACCUGCCAUCAGUAUUGAAAAAACCCACUCUCAGUGGCUUUCUAUGAAUAGUUAGUAAUAAAGCAAAUUCGCCGCCUUAAAGCCACCUGAUGCAUGUGCAGCAUUGAAAAGCUAAGACAUUUGUUUCCGGUUGUCUUUUUUUUUUGUGUCUCAUUUGCUUUCAAAUAUGUUUUUUUUUUUUUAAACCCACUGCCAGGCUGCAUGAGCUUUGAGGGCUAAAAUGCUACUGAAUGUAAACGUUUACUCCACAAUAACUUCAUGAUUGAAAUGUUUGUGCUUCUUUAUUACAGGACCAAAAUGUUUCUUGCCAAAAAGGAAAAGCAUUGACAAAAACAUAAAGGAGUCAUGUAACAAUUGUUAUUCACCUUCAUAAAACUUUGUUUGCUUCUUAAGUGAA